UUUUUCUUUCAGGCAAACGUAAUCAACCAUGAGCUCCAACUCUGAACCAGGAUUAAUAAUCAACUAUCGACACAUUUAUUCCUCAUCGCAAGGAUGUCAGACGCCAAGCAAAUCAUGGCACAGAAAAGUGCUAAAAUUGCAGCUGGAGCUGUUGUGUGUGUUGAAAGCGAAAUUAGAGGAGAUGUGACCAUUGGUGCUAGAACAGUUGUCCACCCCAAAGCACGGAUCAUAGCAGAAGCAGGGCCUAUUAUCAUUGGAGAGGGUAAUCUGAUAGAGGAGCAGGCACUUAUUAUUAACAGUUAUCCAGAAAAUAUCAUGCCGGACACAGAGGGAGUGGAGCCAAAGACAAUGAUCAUUGGGACCAAUAAUGUGUUUGAAGUUGGAUGUGUUUCUCAAGCUUUGAAAAUUGGAGACAACAAUGUGAUAGAGUCUAAAGCUGAUCUCGGGAGAAACGUGAUCCUGAGCAGUGGAUGCAUCAUCGGAGCGUGCUGCCAGGUCAACACGUGUGAGGUCGUCCCGGAGAACACGGUUGUCUACGGUUCAAACUGCAUCCGCCGUGUGCAGAGUGAAAAGCCACAGCCUCAGACUCUGCAGCUCGACUUCCUCAUGAAGAUUCUACCCAACUACCACCACCUGAAGAAGACGGUGAAAGGAAACAGCACACCUGUGAGAAACUAAGAUGAAGCCGGAGGGGUCCUACUUCCUGUAACCCAAAACAUCUGCACACACCGACACAACACUCUCGCUCAGUUCCCUCAACUUGUACUUGCCUUUCACUUUAGUGUUGUUCUUUAAAGUUUAGCAGAAUACCUCGAACAUUUAAAAUCACCAUCAUACUCUACAUUUCCUCCUGCCAACAUUCUUCAACACACGUGACAAUUUCUGCUGUUGCACUUUUGCUUUCAGCUCCAUAUUUAGACUGUUUAUGACAUAUUUUGAACCAAAUUAUAAAUCUUUUGUGCCACUUUUAUGUUAAUCAAUUAUACUCAUAUAUAUAUAUUUAUAAUUGUUCCAAUGAAAAUAUUGCAAUAAAGAUUCUAAUAAAAUUGAAUUUAAGCUUC